UCUUGGCUCAAGUGAGUCAUUCUCGCAAAUGUAUUGCAAAUGUUACAAACAGGAGUGCUCUACUAAAAUGAUGCGUCCAAAGCUUGCGGUUUCAGAUUGAAGGCCGAUGAGAUUUGAUGAGCAGUCGCCUCGCUUCACUCCACAGCUUGUGACUUAUCUUAGCAUCAGCCCUGCACCACGGCUCUCAGCGCGGCAAUGGGGUGUCCUGCUGCUCCUGCAAGCUGCGGGCUACUUUGGGCAGUUUGACCGGACGAUUUUCGGAAUGGCUGUGCCACAAAUCCAAAGUGAUUUUGGCCUUUCAGACUCUGAGAUCAGCUACGCAGCAUCAUUUGUUGGUUUUGCAGCUGUGCUGGCCAGUGGGAUUUCUUGCCUUUCGGACAGAUUUGGGAGAGCCCGUGUGCUGACUUGGACUCUGGUUCCAUAUACUCUUGCGACUGCAUGCACUGCAGUGUCAACCGGCAUUUGCAGCUUUGCGAUCUUUCAAUUUCUGGCAGCUGCCUUCAUCACAGCUGAAGGCAUCAUCUCUCACGUCAUUGUGCUAGAGGAGAUGCCUGCUGAGUGUCGCGGUUGGGCGAUUGGGGCUCUCAACACUGGUUCGGCCUGCGGUGCGGGUCUGGCGCUGUUGCUGUUUGGUGUGUCCAACGGCGCAUGGCGCCUGAUGUAUUCUCUUUCCAUUCUGCCACUCCUUGGCGUUGGCUACGUGCGGCGCCAUCUUCCGGAGACGAGGCGAUGGUCUUCGCUGAAAGAUGUGAGCACUGCACGUGCUUUGCAGCUAGAAGACCCAGGAGGCAUUCAGCUGCCCACCACAACGAUGGGCUCUCCAGUGGCCGAGGAAGAUGAUGGCAGAUCUUCACCAUCGAAAUGCCAAAUCAAGCCUUUGGGACAGGUGAAGCAGCAGCAUGCGGCCAUCCUGAUUGCCACCUUCCUUGGCAGCCUGUUUCCAAGCUCGGCCAACUUCAAUGUGUCGAAGCACAUACAGGUAGUGCACGGCUUUGGUGCGUCUGGGUUUGCAAAGUUGUCACUGAUUGGUGGCCUUCUCUCUUUGUCAGCUUUUGCAUUAGCUGGCUACUUGGGCGACCGCUAUGGGCGAAAGAAGCUGGGGGUUGUGGGCAUCCUGGUGAAGACAGCAGUGGAUGUGGCUUUCUACAGUGUGGCUGCUGGCGCUGAUUCUGUAGCCUGGAUCAUUCUUCUUUUUUGUCUACGAAUGGCACUGGGGAUGGCCUUGGACACCAACUUUCAGGCACUAUCUGGCGAAGUCUUCCCCACUGAGAGGCGUACCACUGCUCAGGCAGGGCUUGGCGGUUCUGCUUUUGCUCACUAUAUUGACGUUGUUGAAUGUUGUUGAUGUUUGUUGGUGUGGCCAGGGAUUUUUGGUACUCACAGCUGGUUUGGGCGGUCCCUUGGGUUUGCUCCUCUCCACACGCCUGGUGCCUUAUGUGGGCAGCGUUGCGGCUGCUUCCAGGCUCUUAGCAUAUGGGCAGUUAAUCUGCGCGUGCAUUGUUUGUGUUUGGCUUCCGGAGACAAAGGGCCGGGAGCUGGAGGAGAUAAAUGCUUGAGUGGCUCCAAAACGCUGCUGCUGUUUCUUGUCAUGAGCCACUGGAUGCACUGGGAAUGUGAA